AAAGAGGCCCGUAAAAAUUUGGUAUUCACAACUGUGUUUACGGUUUCGAGAGAGGAGGAAGAAGAAAGAGAGAAAGAAGAAUGUUACGGUUUAGCGAGAGAAGCAGGAAGAAGGAAGAGAUGAAAAUAGGGCUGGGCUCAUAGCUAGGUUAUAGAGAGAGAAGAAGGAAGAGAUCAUGGGCUUCACAAACCCUAAUGUAAGAGGCCCUAACUGAUUUUUAGAAAGAGAAAAAGAAGAUGCUGAUUUGGGAUGGUUUGAAGAGGGAUUUUCUCUCUGAUUUGGGAUGUUGUUUGAGAGAAAGCCCUAACUAUACUGAUUUGUCAAGGGGCCUUAACUGAUUUUUAGAGAGAGAAAAGGAGGAGGGUUUUUUCAUUUUAUUGGGGAAACAGCAAGCAGAGCUGAAGGAUUAGGUUUGGGGAGUAAUCCUAUAUGUACAAUUGCUUGCUCCUAGAGGAAGAAAGGCAAGAAGAUGCAGUGUGUGAUGAUACACCAACCUAUUGGUAGAAGCUUUACUGUUUUAUCAUUCCCUCGUCCUCACAAAACCCUGAAAGAAAUCCAUGUUUUUGCCCCAAAAUUUGGGGUUUCAGUUCUAUCACUUUUUAGGGUCUCUAAUGGUGAUUUACCAGUUAAUGAAGCAAAGGUCGGGGCUGAUAGAUUUGGAGUAAAAAUUGUAGAUGAGGAGUUGCUCCCAAAUGCCACUAAGAAGAGGAGAAACCCUAAUUUUAGAGGUGGGUUCAGCUUGGGUGUUGACAUUGGCGGCUCAAGAACUGGCGUGGCAGUGAGCAAAGGCUUUGUUCCUCGCCCUCUCACUGUUUUGGAGCUUCGCGGGCACAAGCUGGAGUCUCGUCUUCUUGAGAUUGCAGCACAAGAGAAAUUUCAGGAGGCAGAUGAGCUUAUAAUUGGGAUUCCAAUAUCAGGAAAUGGAAAGGAGACAUCAGAAUCAAAUAAAAUUCGUAGCAUUGUUGGAAGGCUUGCUAUUCAGGCUGCAGAGAGGGGUUGGAGAGUAUAUUUGCAAGAUGAACAUGGGACAUCACAGGAGGCUCUGGAUUUGAUGAUUGAUAUGGGGGUAAACAAGUCCAAUAGAAAGGAUCGAGUGGAUGCCUAUGCUGCAAUGAUGGUGUUGCAUAGAUAUUUUGCAUCUUCAGGAUGUGAAGUUGAGCUCGUUCUUCCAAAGAGUUUGGAACUCCAAGAAAAGCUCAGGAGAGGGCCUCCUAAGGACCUAGAUUUCUUAGGUGAUGAUGAAUUUUGUGCGAGAUUUGAUGAUUUCUCCCAUGAUUGAAAGGAACCAUGCCAUGCAACAUAUGCUAUAAAAAGGCCGGUGGUUUAUGGAUCGACAGUUGGGAUCUCUCAAAUGUGAAUUGGUAAUUGAGAUGCAGAGCCCAGAUGCAUUUGAAAUGCAUUUGAAAGGAGUCUUAUGAGAGUUCCCCAUCCCCUACUCUUUUCCUCAUUUGAGAAUUUUUUUGUUGAAUCAUCAUCAUCAUCAUCUAAGUUUUAUCCCAAUUAAUUGGGUUCCGCUGUUUAGGAUUCAUGAUGAGAUGUGGCAAACCUUUGUUGUAUAUUAUUGCUUAUUACCUUAGGCUCGGAGUUUUAUGGGACCCCCUCUCUUUCUAAUGAAUAUGUGAGGGGGGAUCCUCUCUGUCUUUCUAUGAA